AUGACGUUGUCGAGACUCGAAAGAGAAUACCAAACCACCCCUCUGCCCCUCGCCACUCACCCCUCGCUUGCCCCUCGCUUUCUCCGCUGCUCCCCGUUCUCCAUGGAGAUGCACUCGCCCGCCUACCAAACCACGGUGGCCGCCGCGUGCCCAGCUAGCAAAGAUUUUGUUUGCGGCGGCGCUGUUUGGUGCGUCCCGACACUUGACGGGCACGGGAGCGUUCUAGGCCCUCGAAGCUUACUGGCGUUAAGCGAAGGAGGCUCUUUGCGGAGUCCGGACGACGACGACAACGACGACGACGACGACGAUAAUGAAGAGUCGAGCGACGACAACGUCUGGUCGACCGCGACAAACAGUCGCGGAGUCGCAGCGAAGAAGGAGGGGGGGUGUGUCUUCGAGGUCGUACAAGCGGCGGUGAUUUCGGCCUGGGAGCCUCAGGAAAUUAAGAACCAAGGAACAAGGCGCACGGCGCUAGCAAAUGGCAACAUUGGCGGCACGUAUUGUGCUACGUUCCUCCUCAAUGACAUUGUUUGGGACAUCUCCGAGGAGAGAGACUGUUUGUAG